AACACUGCUUGUUGACCAAACGGACCUCUCAUUCUUUUUCAAAAAUUUUAACUCUUUAAACUACAGUAAUAUUUAGUUAGUGUAGACGACAUUUUAAAUUGAUCCCGUCGAAAUGAAGAACGUGCGAAUAUUGCUUGUUGGUGAUCGUAAGUAAAAGGAAGAUUGUUGCGGUUUUGUUUUACUGGUGAUCAUCGUUAACCUUGAGGCAGCGAAGCAUGUUAAUUUGUUUCAAUGCUUUUAUGUGCAGCCCAAGUUGGAAAAACAUCGCUUAUUUUGUCGCUUGUUAGUGAGGAAUUUCCUGAAGAGGUGAGAUUUAUGAACAGGCCAGGAUCAGUGAUGUUAAGUCUUGUUAGUAAUUUUGUUUGUGUAAGCUCAAGUGUCCUUUUAAGUUUGAUCAUUCAGUUCAAUCUGUCGGUCAACUUAAAGCCUUUCAUUUUUUUUUAAGAGCACUCGGAAAGAAUUAUUCACCCAGGUGGCUAUAAUAUAUUUUAGUCAUACAUUAAUUUUAUAUUAUUGUAGUAGCUGUGCUGCAGGCCCCAGUUGUUUGAAAGGCGGAUUACACCAUCCACUGGAUAAAUCUCUCUACUGUAGGUAAUCCUUUUGGUUUUCCUAAUAUUCAUCCACAGGAUAGUGAUUUAUCCAGUGGAAAAUAGUGCCACCUAACGUUUGAACAACUGGCGCCAGAUUACUACACUACAAUCCGGCCACCUUGCAAACAUGCAUCAAUAUGAUCAUUGAAAAAUGUUGCCUAACACAGUGGACGGGGUGGCAGACUGAGGCAUUCUGACUCAGAUCUCCCAUCACUGUGCUUAGUAGCCUACUGUUUGAGUGUGAGGCUGGGGUUGUCCUUUUUUUUGAUACUUGUAAGUGUUCUCUUGCCUUUCUCUCCUGCUCCCUCACUGACUGCGUGGACUUCCGACAAUUUAGGACGUUUAGCUCAGUUGGAUAGGCACUUGUUUUGUGGGAGGUUACAGAUUUAAACUCCAGCGGGACCAAGCCUUUUAAAAUAAUUGAGGGAAGUGUGCUGUGUUUGUUCUGAUAUCAACAAAUGGGUUAGACUGCGAGAAGUAUCUUAUUUUUCUUUUGACACAGUAGUUAGGGGGCAUGCCCAAGGGUAGAGCAGCAAAUCUGCGAGGGACAAGGGCACAAGCCCAAGUAGAGAAAGAUAAGAAAAGAGUCCUUUUUUCCUCUUUCUGCCCCCAUUUUUCCUUUGAUUUGAAUAAAAUAAUGAGUCCAUUAUUAUUAAUAUUGACCGAGCUUGGCUGGUCAAGAUGGCUGGAUAUUGGCCCCAUCCUUUCUUGCUGUUUUUAUGGACCUAUCGGUAGACUUCAUCUCAGUCAAUAACAAUGCAGCAAAGUACUUGGCCAUAAUGUUGAUUCAUUUUGACUUAAAGCCUGGUUAAAAAUGCAUUAAUCUAAGUUGCUGAGUGAGCUCGUUGACCCUAUAAUGUUAAUUUAUUACUUAUUCUUAGGUUCCUUAUAAAGCAGAAGAAAUAACAAUUCCAGCAGAUGUGACUCCAGAAAAGGUCCCCACACAUAUUGUGGAUUAUUCUGGUUAGUAUGUUGCUGAGAAACAUUACAAAUAUUAUGAAAUCUGAUAAAAAAAUGUAAAAAAAAUAUGUUAUCCACUGUCCCUUUAUCACAAAAGAGUUGAUUUUAAUUCUUAAAUAUAAAACAUUCCAGCAGAAUCGUGAUUUUUCAAAACCCAUUGUUUUGGUUAACCUUCUGUCUCAUCAAACCAAAACUGCAAGUGAAUUUUUCCAUCCUCAAUGUGCUGAGAUACAGUUUAAUAGUAUCAACAAAGGUCCCUGAAUUCCUCUUAUGGUCAGGUUUUUUAACUUAAGUAUAGUUGCCAGGAAUUAGAAAUGAAAGUUGCAGUAUUUUUGCACUUGCUUAAAUGCUGCGAAUUCAACCUUCCCUUCCUUGCUCCACUUCCACUGUUUUAUCAGAGUCAGCUGUCUGCUUUUUACCUGGCUGUGCCAUCCAGGGGCUCAUGCAUGGCUGAGAACGUUCUAGUAUUUUCCAGAUGUGGCCAAAAGUGGAAGCUUAUGCCUGGAUGUCUUAGAAAUCCGUUAUAAGGGUGUAGAAGCUACUAGUUAACCCUCUCUACCUGAAGCGGGGCCAACUGUCUCGUGUUUGUAUGUACUGUACAGAACCUGGUUUGUAUUCACUUGUCCAAGUGAAAUCCACUUGCACUUGGGCUGUACAUUCCCUAAUCCAAGCAGAGGAAGGUCAGUGCUGACCUCAAACUCAGUUAAUAAGAGGUGUACAUUAGCAAAUUGCAUGACACAGUUACAUUCGUUUCAACUGAGAUAAAUAGCAUUGAUAGGGUUCAAGUUUGGCAAUUUCAUUUUCUCACAGUGCUAAACAUGAUUUCUUUAACCAGCGUUGGAGCAGUCUGAAGAUAUGCUUGUGGAGGAGAUCAUCAAAGUAAGCUUUUAUUGCAAAGUCAUUGUACUGAAACAAGUUUGAGAGAAGGCAAGAUAAAGCAGAUCCUGUGUUCCAGUUUUCUACGCAAGGAGGCAAGAUCAGCCUGUCUUGCCUGCUUGGGAUUUCAUGUGUUGGUCAUGCAAGAAAAAUCUCUCUUGUUCAUUUGAUUAUAGUAAAUCCUUAAAUUGACCAAUCCAUUUUAACAACAUGGGGGUAUAUUGGCCCCGGUCUUCUCCCUUUUUGUCUUUAAACAGAGUGAAACUUCCCCAAAUGAGUUUGAUCCUUGGGUAAUGUUCACUCAUCAAUGUUCGACUGUUGUUUUUAACAGUGGAGCUCCAGGCAUGUGUAAGGCGCACAUGAGUGGAGCCCCACAACCAAGAAAAUUGGGUUAUCUAUACAUCUGAGAAAUUUUGGUAGUCAUGUGACCAUCCAUCUGCUGGACUGUCUAUCCAUACCACAGGGAAACCAAUAAGAAAUCUCACACCUUUUAGCUAAUGUGGCAGCCUGCAACCUGAUAUUGCACCUAUUUUGCGGUCAAUUGAAACUGUCGAAACAGGGUAUCCGCUGUCCAGUAUCACAUGACUGUAUCGUGGGCUCAGGUGUCGACCCAUGGAGGUAACAUUUUUUUGAAGUUAUCCGCUGACAAGUUGCUAGUUUUUCAACUGAGCGCAGGCCCAACUCCAAGUGGAUUUCUUUACAAUGGUUACAAGUUUAUUGUUUUUUAGUCAAUAGAAAAAAUUUGUUGAUGGGAGCUUUGACUCAAGCCUUGGCUACAUCUAUGUAAUUGUUUAAUAGGGAAGCAUCACCACUUUUUUACUUUUUUUUUCUUCUUACCAUUAUGAACUGCAUUGGCUUCUAAGUAAAAUCAGUUCUUAGGUUUAACCAAAAUGUCCCUUGUCUCCUUCAAAUACUUAGGGAUCGACACAAAGGAGGCCAAAUACUGGUUAAACCCGAGAAUUGAUUUUACCUCCGUGAAACAUUUAUUUCAUUUCUACUUAUACUAAGUACAGUCAACUCUCUCAUGGCGACAACUUCUCGUAAGCGACCACCUCCUGUAUAAGCAACCAGUUUGUUGUGCACCAAGGGUGGUUGCUUAUGAGAGUGCUAACUGUACAUGUGAGCAUUGAAUAAGCCACCUUUAAUUAUGCAAAAAACAUGAUAUGACAUUGCUGCAUUGUAUGAUAACUAAUGAGCUAAAACGUUACUCUCCUCAGGCCAAUGUAGUGUGUGUUGUGUAUGAUGUAACAUCAGAAGAUUCUCUUGAAAGAGUAAGUGUUGUUUUUUUCAUUCAGUAUAAAGAGGAAAGAGCACCUACCAUAUUGUUUUAGUCAAUGAAGUGCCCAGCCUUGAAUUAGGACCCACCUCCAAUAAGCAGCCAUCCUGUAGGGAGGAAAGUUUCCUAGGUGCACAGCCUUGACUAGGAGCCUACCCCCACCUACCACCCUUCCCUUAAAAAAAAACGGAAGUGGACAAGAAGAGUCCUUAUUUUUUUCUUUACUACUUACUAUAAGAUAGAAAUUGACUUAGUACUGUUAAGAGACUUCCCUUAAGACUGAGUUCCUUGUUUUAAAUAAACUUUCAAUGAACAGUUAAAAUUCUGCUCUAGCACAUCUUCACGUUUUGUUAUUAUUUACUGUUUUGUUGGAAAAUUAACUUCUUGUUGAAAAUGAUGAAAUUAAAUAAGCAUCCACCUCAAAUAAGUGCCCACUCUCAAGGCCCAAAAAUUAUUAAUUUUUAAUAAGCACCCUGCAGGGCACCUAAUCAAAUAAAUACGGUAAUCAUGUUCAAACAAUCAUGAAAAUUAAUUUGAAUCUGUCACUUGAGACCAUAUCUUUGGCAUCAUGUGACACUGUAGUUGAAGCACUUUGUUUGACCUUGAAAAGUUACAGAAUAUCUCUUUACAGUUGGUUUGGUUCAAUUUUAUCCUGGGUUGACUUAAAGUUUUCUUCAUUUUUUGGUGUGAUACUUGAUGACAAAAAUGAAGAACAACAUGUGGACAAUUGAAAUUUAUUACACUGCAUUAUGUUUGUCCAGGCUGGCAUAAUUAUUCAGGAUUAGACGUAGACCCAUGGAAUUACUGAAUAAAGCAAAGUUACAGAACAAGUAAAUCUUCAAAAAUUAUAAAACAACAGCAGUGGAGUCAAUCCUUCAGAGCAUUACAAGUAGUUUUUUGCAAGGAUGUGCAGAAUUUGGCCUCAAGUGGCUCUUGAUUUUAUUUUUUAGCUAUUGACUUUAUUUUCUCUUUGAUACACAAACAUAAUUUAUACUCAUGGAAACUGGAACAAGUAUGUAAGGGCACUUACCAAAACUCGGAAAUAACUGGCUGGACUGGUCUUUUUGAAAAUACAAUAUUAGUCGUUUCAGUCUCGAAAUUUUCCCUGCAACUCACCACUGCUGAGCAUACCAUAAAUAGACUGAUCUGGCUUCAGUUGAUAGUCAGAUUAAUAAAGGAAUUCUUUUUACAACUUGACGGGCUGGCCAGUUCUAGCUAGCAAAAUUAAUGGAAAGUGCCGUCAUUCUUUUAUUUUUCAGCUAAAGUUUUCUGUGCAGAAAUUUUCUCAGCUUUUAUUUCUGGAAGUGAUUCAAAUGUGAUCUGGGCUCAGUUGUUCAAAGAAUAAAAAGUGCUAUCCAUCGGAUAAGAGCAACUAUCCAGCGGAUAAGUAUAAGGGAAACCAAUAAAUUAUAAAUUUCUCUAUCCACCAGAUUGAGAUUUAUCCAGUGGAUAGCAUUAUACACCUUUCAAACAGCUGGUCCCUGAACUAUGAUAACUUACUAUCUAGACUAAAAUGAUCCAUGGUUGUGUCUUAAACAGAUAACAUCAUAUUGGUUACCACUCAUAAGACAAGCUUGUGAAGAAGACAGCACAGCCAAACCUGUCAUUAUUGUUGGCAACAAAGUAUGUGUGAUUUUCUUUAGUUUGCUUUUGGUACAAAAAGAGGUUAAGUACCAUUUCUUUCUCAUGAGAGAUUAUCAUCAUUGCUCAAGUCGUUGUGUUGUUGAUUUUGUACUUUGCUAGUGAAGCGGGAGUAGCAUGUCCUCUCCUGAGUGUGGAAUGAUCAAUAGUUUUUAUGAGAAGAGGAUGUGCUGUUUUUUUAGAGUGUAUGUUUUCCUAAACUAAGGUAAAAUUCUCACAGCCAGGACAAUAGUAGGUGACUAUAAAGUACAAAUGAGUGUAGCUCUGCAAGGCAUGUGAGUGUUUCAUCUACAUUUGAUGAUGUGAUUGGUUAGACUAAUGCUAUAAAUCAAAGCUUAAAUGUUUUAACUGUAAUUUUUUUAAUUUGCAUUUUAGUCAGACCUCUUUGAUGGAAGCACAAUGGAUGUAAGUUAUUACACUCUGUCUUUGGUGUUGUUAAUUUCAUCAUUCACAUGACCCCCAUUACAACCAGUUCUGGCGGCAUAACUGGGCCUUAUCUCCAAUGAGGACAUCAUUUCACUUACAUUGUACAUUCAAACUGUUUUGUUUGUUUGUUUGUUUGAGAGGCACUUUUUUACAGACAUCAAUGUCCAUAUUUUGUAGAUUGAAUAAGGAAAUAUAGAAAAGAUUCUUGGAGAUAUUAGCAUUUUAUUGCCACAGUGAUUUUGUUACCUGUGCGUCCUGCGUCCUUGAUGCAUAAAAAUCCCGAAGAUGCAAAGACCAUAAGAUUGAUUUGAAGAUUUUUUGGUAGAAUAUCAUGUUCGUGUGAUUUCUGUUGCUGUUGUGUAAAGAUUUGGUCUUUUUUAUGCUUUAAAUAUAUAGAAGGACCUAUAUUUUAAUUUCAGUAAACUGUAAUUAAGAGUUUUGGCACCUGUCUCCAGAUUAAUUAUCUGGUUACAUUAAGGCCCAAGCAUUUUCAAUUUAGGCCUCCUUGUUUUUUUUGAACUGGUACUCAUUGGUUAUGGGACUCAUGAUUUUUCUCAAGAUGAGUCCCAAGACUCUCCUUAACUACCGUAAACUGCCGCUUAUAAGCCCAGGGCUUAUACAAGUUCGUAAGGGGUUUUGGGGGGGCUUAUAUCCGGAUGGGCUUAUAAGCAGACGAAAAAAAAUGUUUCGAAAUGAGCAACAGCACUGUUGAUCGACGUAUGAUUUAAAUUUAUUACUCUUACAAUUGAAGCCUUAAAAAGGCAGCAAUGAAUUGAAUUCAGUUAAAUUUCAAAACAAAUCAAAACUGUAACAACACGAACGUAACUGGAACCCAACAAAACGGAAGUUCGGAGCUCAUCCCUGCCUUCAUUGUUAUUGUUCUGUAAUCUUUUCGGACAGUUAUUUGUUGAAGUAAUAGUGUUCUCUGAGAGUGCUUAAUAUUAAUAAAACAAGAAAAACUGGAGGGGGGCUUAUAUCCGGAUGGGCUUAUAAUCAGAUGUAUUUUUUUGUUUGCAUGUAGGUGGGCCUAUAACCAGGGGGGCUUAUAAGCGGAUGGGAUUAUAAGCGGCAGUUUACGGUAUUUGUAACAAAAUAUUUGAGUAUAAAUAAAGAUUAUUGAUUGAUUGAUAUAGAUUCACCAAUACUACUUGAUGUUGUGGCAACAUCAGUAUGUUAGUUUGGUGCCUUCACCAGUUUUAUUUCAAGUGGAGUAAAGCUUAUUAGCAGGUUUUUUUUCAUGGCUGUAGGAUUUCUUAAGAUAAAAAGACAUUCAUAAUAAAUGUGUUAAGUGUACUGCAGUGAUUUGUGCUUACAGAGUUGUUUGGAAUACUAGUGGUGUUUAGAGUCGCUGUUAAAGUAGUUUCUGGGUAAAGACAUCUUGUGACUUCUGAUAAAAUGGUUGACUCUCCAUAGAAAAUUGCAUUGUGUCCCUUGUAAUAUAAGGGGAACUGUAGAAGACUAGAGUCACUUGGUUUUUUUGUUGACUUAUACGUGUGUUCCAUCCUGGUAGACUGUUUUGCCCAUAAUGAAUGACUACACUGAAGUGGAAACUUGUGUUGAGGUGAACAUUUAUUCUUGUUUUUGCCCUUUUUUUACAUUUAACUGUCUUAAUUAUUAUUUUGUCAAUUAUGUUUUAAAUGUUCUGCAAGAUUUCUAUUAAUGGUUUUGCCUCCACAGUGCUCUGCAAAGGAACUUAAAAAUAUAUCUGAGAUGUUUUACUAUGCACAAAAAGCAGUACUGCAUCCAACAGCUCCUCUUUUCUCUGCUGAAACAAAAGAGGUUUGUGAAAUAAGAAUUAAAUCACACAUGAUUGUGAAUGAUUAGGAUAAGAAUUAUAAAAAAAUUGUGAAUGGGAACUUUUAUUGUCCCCUGGUAGAGAUUUGAGCCCAGUAUUGAUGUAUUUAGAGCCUAAUACUUAAGCCAUCUUUACAGACGCCUUUAUAAACUUGUCACUUAGCUUUUCCUCAUUCAAGUCGACUUUUGUUAUGUUCAAUAAUAGUGACAGGAUGCGUACAUGUUUGUACUGGGGUGCUUGUACCAUUUACACACAAAUAUUAUUAUUGCAACCUUGAUCAGCGCCCAAAAGAACACCAUCCCUUAACAUUUCCUUUGGUAGAACUUCAGCUGUAUUAGCUUUAUUGAGCAGCUUGCAUUAGAUUGAUUUCUUCUUAUUAUUUUUAUAUUUUAGUUAAAGCCAUUAUGCCAGGCUGCACUGUCAAGAAUAUUUAAGGUAUCAUUGCUAAUGGGAAUUCAUAUGAAAUAGAACCUGCAGUGAGAUUUCUGUCAAUUUUGAUCAAUACAAUAGAUAUUAAUCAAAUCAGAUUUACCGAUUUUUAUUGAUUUAUUAAUUCAACUAAGCCCCUCCGCCUCCACAAAAGAAAAAAACUAUUACCCCUCUCCCUGACAAUGUUGUUCUUCGUUGAUGUCAGUGAAAUGUAAUAAUAUUGGAUUGUGUAUUUGAGAAUUAACAUUUGAUGCAAAGGACAUUAUCAAACAAGGUCUUAAGCUCAAAUAAGGCUUCACUUUAGAAAGCGGCAUGUACACUGUACUCUACGACAUUGAAACCAGGGGGAAGGGGAUACUACGGCAAGAUAUUGAUUAGCUAAGUGCAAAGAAAGGGAUGUGUACAUACUGCAGCUUGAUAACAAUGACCUGGACAUCUGGGAAUGACCAUCUAUUGUAUGGCAACAGAAGAAACUGCCAGGAAGGUUGAUGAUUUUUACAUACGUGAUUUGAGCUCAGCAAAGUGGAAAUCAUUGGGAAAAUUUUUAACACUAUGUUUUCUUAACCCCCAAAAACCAAAGACCAAAAUUUGGUUACUUAUGUGCACAUUGGAAAAUUAGCAAUUUAAAUUUAUGUAAUUUUUGCUGAGGCCUUCAUUUAUCUGUGUCAAAUCUAUAUUUGAUUGACUGUCACCAAUCAUUUUACCAAGAGUAUUAAAGUGGUCUGAUGCUUUUCCCAGAUAUCAGAUUCUGAUAAUGAUGGUUUAUUGAACGACAAAGAACUGAAUGACUUCCAGGUGAGAUGGUACAGACUACUACUACUUGUCAUAAAUAUUGUUAUUAUAUUGUUUUUAUUUCUUGAAUAGUGUUAAUUCCCUUUGUCUCCACCGCUUUGGACUUGCCUGUAUUUAUCACAAGUUGCCCUUGGCAUUAUACCUAACUGUAACAAGGAGGUUUGGCGGUAACUAAAUUGAGCAGCUGCUCUCUGAAACUCUGGGUUAGUUAACUAAAGGCCCCUACCAAAGUCAGAACUAGCCAGUUGGACAGGCCUCUUUGAAAACUAAAAGCGGUUUUUCGUCUUUUCUUUCUCACUAAACACCCAUCCCUGCUGGCAUACUGUUAAAGGAACAGACUGAUCUUGCUGGCUAGUUCUGAUAUAUUUACAGUGCCUUAAAUUUAAUUUUGCUAUCUGGUGAAAGAAAUUUUUUAUUUCCAUUUUACCAAAAGUGCCAACUCGCUCCACCUCUUUGCUUCACAUUAGUGAAAUAAAUGCGGGUUGUGAUUUACUUUCAGAAUCGAUGCUUUAAUACUCCACUUGAAGGGCAAGGAUUGCAGGAUGUUAAGAAUGUGGUCAGAAAGAAUGUGGAUGAUGGCCUAAGCAAUGGUGCUCUCACACUUAAAGGUUACUUGGUCUCAGUAUACAGUCUGUGGAACCUUGAUAUAAUGAAGGGCCAAGGGACUGGAAAAACUGAGUCAUCCCCAGUCGUCUCUCAGUCUCCUAUUAAUAGUAAUAAUGAGAGAAGCGCGGUCAAGGGAAGUGCUAGGGAUGAUGGGAAGGAGGAAAGAGAGAAGACGACUGGUAGAUCCUGUUUCCAAAAUGGCUGAAAAAAGUAAUGGUGGAUUCAUUGGCAAUGAAAAUGAAAAUCUUACUGAUAGACUGUUACAUCAAGCCUACAUAGGCCAUAAGCUGCCUUGUCUGCAUAUAUCUUGUAGGAGUGCUGCUGGUAGAAUCAAGGUCUGCCAUUCAUCUCUUCUUUCUCCCUUCUACCUUGCCUUGAUCCCCCUUUGCACCAGAAGCGGUAAGGUCUCUUACAACCUUUCCAAGGCUGCUUACAAAUUAUACAAGAUAACAGAUUGGGGAUGAGGUGGCUGGUCCAAAGAAUAUAAAUUUUAAUUAGCAGUUAUUGAAAGAGGCUGAGUAGGAUGUGAAGAAUUACGCAGAUCGAGGAGGAUGUCAUUCGGGUCAGCCUUGGUGGAUAACAUCCUCCAAGAUCUGCAUAAUUUUUCACAUCAUACAAAAGCCAAAUUCAAUAACUGUUUUGUCAUUCAUUCAAAAUAAUUAUUUUAAAGUUCUUAACAAGCUUACCUCCUUGUAGACUUUCUUCUAAACUUUGGCCUAUUUUUUGGCACAGUUUCAGAAAAAAAACACAGUUUAAUAAUUAACCUGUGUUUCUAUUUCCAGUGCUGCCUCGUUUCCUAUCAAAUGUAACAUUGAUCAACCUCGUUUGCUAUAAAAUAAAAAACAAAUCGAUUGUAUAUUGCUCAUGUCUUCCAAAUUUGGUCAGUACUAGUUGGUUAUGAAGAAUUAGCUGGGGAAUUGGAGCUAAUCAGAAACGGUGAAAUAUUUUGAACGAAUAAUAAUGUUCAUUAUUCAGGGAACUUUGUUAAAUAGAGGUUUCUUAUAUUAUUGAGGUUCCACUGUACUGUGCUUUUAAAUGUGUUUUUGGUUGAAGCAGUGUUUCUUGUGUUUGCUCACAGUGUGGGUAUUAGUCUGUUGUUUUUGGUUUUUGCAUUUUAAGACCGUGCUAACAACAUGGUACUGGAAACGAUCGUUACUGUGAAAUCCUAGGGCUUGGUUGUGAUACAGCUGUUUCAAAAUUGGUUUGUUUGUUUGUAUAUUUUACUAAAUUCAUUUUUUUCCUCUCAUGUUUUUUUAUUUCUUAUAUCAGGUUUCCUUUUCCUCCACACUCUAUUUAUCCAUAAAGGGCGUCAUGAGACAACAUGGACCGUACUGAGGAAGUUUGGAUAUGGAGAUGAACUAAAGCUCCGGCCAGAAUAUCUGUGUCCAGCGUAGGUUGACUGCUUUUUACUUUAUUAUAUUUUUAACAACAGUAAAUAUUAAACUCAUCACCAAUAGACGAGCUGGGGUCCUUUUGCCUACAAGGUUGGCAGAAAGAUGGAGGUAUUCGUGGCAGGCCUGUAAGCAGCCUGCACAAGGCACCAUCGAACUGAAGAGUUCAGUGGAAUACUUACCAACCAAUACUUGCCUAGCCCUGGAAUAAAGAGGGAGGGUUGGUUGGGAAAAACAAAGCAAGAAAAUGUCAAGCAAGCAACAAGGCUAUAGUGGAGACACUUAGUGAAGAACUGCAAACAAGCAACUGCUUGUAGAAGAUCACAAGGUGCCCCUGCUAAAGGUAUCAGGCUGCCCCAAAAACUGCUGAGCAGCAAGUUGUUUUAAGGUUUACAUUGUACUUUGCCUAAACUACAUUUAGCCACGAGAAUGAUAUGUGUGGAGAGAAGAACUCGGAAAAUCCUGUGUUCCACAGAGGAAUUGAACCCAUGACCUUCCAGAUACUAGUCACAUGCCCUAACUACUGAGCUAGUGAGAACUCUAUUGAUGAGAUCUUUUGUGGGCUGCUAUAACAACUGCAAAUUGUGCUGUGACAUUUUGUAUAGCAAUUUUUCUUGUAUUGCUCAGAGAGAACUGAAGUGUGACUGGGGGAUGCCAUUGAAUUUGUGUUUUUAUUUUACAAGAUGCCACUAUGAAUAAUAUCUUUCAUUGUUAGUACUAGCUUUAGUUUGGUGUUUUGCACUUUCCAAAUCUCAAUUUCAUGGAAAUUUCAUUUGCUUGUAAAGAGACAAGGAGAUGGUUGUGCGACCAGGUUGUACUAAGCACUCCUGAUACAUGGUAUUUUGGUUAAUUUCAAAGGAUUGAUAUUGGCACAGAUCAGACAGUGGAAUUAUCAGAUGCAGGAUAUCAGUUUCUUAUUGACCUCUUUCACAGGCAUGAUAAGGUUUGUUAUCAGUUAAACAAUGUGAUUGUUAUUUAAAAAAUUAAUUUGCUGAGAGUUUAGUAUCCUUUGGUACUUAAGUCUGAAAGAUAAAAAUAAUAUUGAAAUUAUGUAUUGAUUGAAUAGGAAUUGUAUGAGUCAUUGAAAGCCUGGAAAGUCAUGAAAUUUAAUUGUGGGUCAGAGAAAGACAUGAAAAUGGAAUUUUGAAAGUAUUUUUGCUGGAUUAAGUACUAAAGAUGUCAAAGCAUGGACAAAAUAAGAUCGACACAAGUGAAGUGACGUUUGUUGAUCUGGGUUAGGUAAAAAAAUCACCAAAAACAAGAAUAGUAUUUGAAAUUUGGAAAAAUUUCAUGGAAAAAGGCAUGGAGAUUCAUGGGAUUUGAAGAACUCAAAAUUCAAUUAGUAAUUUGGUAUUUUGUUCGUUUGUUGCCAUAGUUAUGUAUUAAUAAUUUUAUCAUUCAUCAUUGCCUUUUCGAUGAAUAAGUAUACAGCAAAUGUAUUAUUUAAGCUGAAUUUCAGUUGCCACUGUGAAAACAUUUUCUUUCUUUUACUGAUGAAAACAAAAGAAAAGCAUAAGCAACAGUGGAAACUUCUGAUUCCUCUACUGCAGUUUCUAAAUGAAGAAGAAUUUUACCUCUGCUAUGAUGAUUCAUCAUCCCAAUUUAAUAAGUUCCAGCCUAUAUACAACAAAACCCCAGAAUCAAAAGUGAAGUUAUUUUUCCCAGUUUAUAGUUAUGUGUAACCUGCGUAGCAAGCGUUUAUGUGCGGUUUCGGAUCAAAGAACGGGGAGUUAAAGACCGCGCAAAAAAUGGGGUGAGUAAAAGAACACUCCUCGUCAUUCCUAGUCUUUCUUUGCUCCAAAACCACAUAGAAACACUUGCUACACAGGAUAAGUUUUGUGUAUAAUAACAGGACACACAUACCAUGCACCUCAUCACAAUAAUGGUUUUUCCAGUUCCCGGCCACUUUGUUAUAUCUGGUUUGUAUAGGUAAUAGCAUGAUUUGUAGUGAUAUUUGACAUAAAUACCACGAGUGAUAUUUCGAAAUUGUUAUACGAAAUUUCACGAGCCCUUAGGCCAGUGAAAUUUGAAACAAUUUUGAAAUAUCAUCACGAGUGGUAUUAUUGUUUAUACCACUACCCGCAAAAGGUUUGUAAUUUUCACAUGUAGGUAUUUCAAAUUAAGCUGAAAUACCACUGCUCUAAGCCAAUCAAAUUGCAGAAAUUUGUCAUGUAGUGGUAUAAUCACUGUAAUCUAUCUCCUCCAUCUUAUAGGAUGAGGAUGAAGCACUGAAGCCAGAAGAACUUCAGGUAAGCAGUCAACUACAAAAAACAGCUCAUUAUUACAAAAUUUGUAAUAAUGAGCUGUUUUUUUGUAAUUUAAUAUUAGCAUUGUUUUUAUUGUAAUACUUAUUGGGGAGCAAGGGAAGUGCAGUGUAGAGAGCACCGGCCUCCCACCAAUUGGACCCGAGUUCACAUCCCGGCAUCUGCGCCACAUCUGGGUUGAGUUUGUUGUUGGUUCUCUCCUUUGCUCCUAGAGGUUUUUCUCCAGGUACUCUGGUUUUCCCCUCUCCGCAAAAACCAACAUUUUCGUAUUCCAAUUCGACCAGAAAUCAAGUAGAUGAAGAACCUUUAAGUGGAUAUGCUACCUACAGCAUGCAAAGAAGGUGGUGUCCGAUAGCCCGGGGCUAGUGGAUUUUGCUAUCGGGCUAGUGAAUUCUGUUUUUAACUUGCCCGAUGGGCAAGUGAUAUUUUUUUAGAAAUUUGAAUAACAGAAGAACUGUAAUCAAUCCUGCUCAUCAAAUUUUUUUCGGGCUAAUUGAAAUGACUUUUGGGCUAGUACAUGCUAGCUACAGCUUGCCCGAAUGGCAACUGUAAAACUGACUUUCUUUGCACCCUGUUUAAAUUGUUAUUUAAUUUUUUUAUUUAUAUUUGUGAUUUAAAGGAGUUGUUCAGUAUUUUUCCCACGAUGCCCUGGGGUGAAGAUGUUGUCAACUCUGUUGAAACUAAUGCCAAUGGUUGGAUCACUCUCCAGGGAUUUUUAGCUCAAUGGACGUAAGUAACCACUCAAGUAAGUGCGCAUGCAUAUAAAAGCAACAGGAAAAUCAAGACUAUUUCAAAUUCUUCACUUGACUUAGAAACUCUAGGAAGAAUGGUUACGAGCUUUGGGCUAUUUCACACUUGUCUUGUACAGCAUUCAUCGUAUAGUCAUGCCAGAUCAAGGGAACCCUUGACAGGUGGUAGUUAGGAAAUCAUUAUUUGAAAAGUUAAUUAUUUGUCGAUGUCAAUAUUACAUUCAUUUCUUUUUUCUUUCUUACAGUGUACGUAAUGAGUAGUGAACGAACACAAGCAAGCUCGGUAGAAUUUCUGCCAGCUUAGCUUUUUUCCAAACUCGAGAUGAAUGUUUUCAUAGGAAUUUUCUCAGUGAAUUACAAUUGAACCUCUAUUAAGCGGCAACCAUCGGUGCACUCUCAAGUGGCCGCCUAAUAGAGGUGGGUCGCUCAAAACAGUUCGUCAUAAAUCAGCAUAAUCUUUAGCAGAAACAACACUUCAUUUUGAAACAAACGACGGAAGUAGCAUUACUGGUCCACAAUCGGUCGUCACCUUCUAUCUCAGACUGUAUUUUCCUUCAUCAUAUUCUAAAAAAGAACCCAAACUAUGUGUAUCAAACGCUUGAUGGACGCUUAAUAGAGGUGACAACAAUGGGAGAACUCUCGUUGGCAUGGCCAAAAGAUGGCCUCGGCCUCUUAAUAGAGGUUUAAUUUCCCAUACUAUAGGGUGUGUGUCGCCGCUUAAUGGAGGUUCGACUGUAUUUUUUCAAUAUGACCGAAUGCAGGGAAGUUGAAGUCUACCAUUCACUACUUAUUAUGAAUGCAAGAGAGCAGGCAGGUCUUCGAAUCUUAAGGUCCUUAUUCAAAUCAAUCAAUAAUCAAUAAUUUAUUUAACAACGUUAUCGUCUAAGAGCACAAGCGCUCGCUCCAAAUACGAACGUGCAGCAUAGGACAGGAUAGGAUAGGACAGGAUAGAACGAAGGACUUUUUCGAAAGUCUAAACGUCUGAAGACGAAAGUGAAGAAGACUAAUGUCGCGAAAGAUUUAUACUCUUUAUAAUUAAAUGUUUAACAAUGUUGAAAUGUAAUGGUGUUAUCUUGUAACAGGAGACGAUUGCGUCUGACGACGAAUGAACUUGUUUUUCAAUAUUUUUACUAGGCUAACAACGUUUUUAGACCACACGAGGAUGUUGGCGUAUCUGGCCUCUUUUGGUUACACUCAUCAGGAAAAUGAACCUUCUCUGCAAACUGCAAUAACAGGUAUUGGUGAUGAUAAAAAACAAACUAUUGAAACUUUUCAAGUUUGUCCCAAGUAGCUGUAAAAUGGUGUCAACGCCUUGUAAACCUUUGAGGACAAAAACAAUUACUUAUUGUAUAGCUCAAGUCUUAUUUUCAGGCAAAAUGAAUUCGUACUUUUUAUUGUCAAGGAAAACUAUUUAUACUUUUCCAUCUCCACGUAUUAUCAGGUUUAAAAACUCUUGGCUUCGCCUCGAGUUUUUAAACCUGAUAAUAUACGAUUGCGAGUUUUUUGAACAGCUUAAAAUCUCUGAUAUAGACCAUCUCAUUCUUGCACAAAUAUUUAGAAUUGUUGUUUUUUUUUUUUUUUUUUUUUUUUUUUUUUUGGGGGGGGGGGGUUUAACAUUACUGGACGUAAAGUUUAGAAGUGUUUUUUCUUUAUGAAUUGUCAAUGAGUUUUUGAAAGACUUGCUAUUGCACGCCUUUAAUUUGAUCCUAAAGACGACUUUCUGUAAAUGAUCAGAUAACUCCAGCGAGGUCAGUCACAGUAAAAUAGAACCUCAAGUAGCUUUACCCCUCGUCAACGCACACGCACACGGUAUUGGCUCUGACUUAGGGCUUAGUUUUGUCUACCUGUGCAUGGACGUUGCGAUUUCUAAAGUUUGGCCUUGCUGUGCUCAUUUGUAAACCCCCGUAAUAUGCAACAGAUAACCGACAAUUCGAUAGUACUUACAGUAAAUAACAAAGCGUUGUUUGCAGUCAACUAACAACAGUGAUGAUUGUUAAGCAUAUUGUUGUGAGCCGACUAACUUGUGUGAUUUCUCUUUUCUUUUCCUUUGCUUCUUUUCCAGUCUGUUCUCCUCUGCCUUUCACCUUGGUUUCAUCCGUGUCUCGUCUCAUUCAGAUGAGAAAAAAGCUUCGAUUCUUACCUUAUAAUAAUCCUCACUGGAACCAAGUAAACACUAAACUGGGUACUUUGCCCUUAUGCAUUCAUUUUACUCGCACUAAAGUAACUUAAAAAAAUUUAAGGACAUUCUUCAACACUAAGAAAAAACCUGUUAAACUAGUUCGAAGAAAUGAUAAGCCUUCGGCCCUCUAGAGAGAGACAACAAAAAGUGUAACAUAUAAGACUACUUUAAAAAAAGUGCUAUUGAUAAAAAUUCAAUUGUACUGAACAAAGGUUGAUUUCCACAGUGGACAAAGUGUUUCCUUUUUCUUUUAGUUCUUGUUUGUUCUUGUUUUUUUUUUUUAAUUUUCUUCAUGUCUGUUUUAUUGCUAUUGUUCGUUUACGUUAUUUUUCUGUUCUUUUUAACACAAUCUUUAUUUUACAUGCGUCCGUGAGCUCGAUUUCCGUCGUCUCCCGAGUCCGGACUCCAGCUUUGAUCCUGGCUCCCGAGCAACGGCUGGUUAUCGAGCCUAAUGCGUCUAUUCAUUCACUUUGUUAUCUCCUGUUUGCUUUUUUCAUUCAUUUUACACGUGUCUUUUUAUUCUUCAUCUUUACUUGCUGUUUCUCUCUUUGUUUGCCCCUUUUCUUUUUAUUCCAGUUAAUUUGUUUCAAACGUAUGGUCCUCAGUGGAAUCCUGGUUCUUCGAACCUCCUGAUGAUUUCGAGCCCAAGCCGAUUCCCUUCCCACACUAUUUUUAGGUGUUUUCCACUUGAUUUUGCGUACAUUUCUUUUCGUUGUGUUUUCAUGAAAUUCAUAACAAAUUGUCAGACUUUUCUUUCUCUUUUUUUAAAAAUGUUCUUUUUUAACAACAAUUGACGGAACACACUCUCCGCUAGAAAGUUUAUUAUCUUGGUAAACCACAUCUUAAUAAAUGUUAAGUCUGCAAAGGGAACCGUUAGAAUGCGAUCAAAGACAUCCAGGAAAUACUUUGCCUAGUCCCUGUACGACGUUUUCCCAGGCCUCUUCGGUGACGAGGCGAACGGGCGGGUAACGCCCUCACAUCUUCGCUUGGACCACGUGAACCGAAACGAAUUGGACGCGCGAAAUAAUGAAGCCUAGAGACUAGGCAAGGAAAUACUCUUUGUGAAUAAACAUGUUAAGAAAUACUGUAAUAACAAUGAAAAAAAAUCGUUCGACGUCAAGUGCCUGCUUUCUUUGCCUCCAGUUACGCGCAGUAAAGCUGUUGAUUUGCAGAAGAAACAGACGUCACGUUCAGUGCUUCAGUGUUAUGUUUUUGGAGCGCCUGGAGUUGGAAAGGUACUUACAAUCUCUUCUUAGUUCAAAUGUUUUAUCUGAACAAGCAUGACAUUAGCUAAAAAGGCUGCGCUGUCAAAUCAAAGCUAAAAAUUCUCUCAAAAUCACAUCAAUACGUAGAUCCCACAGAAGCACAAAAUACAAAAGAGUGCUUAUUUUUCAAAUUCUCACCAACAUUUAUAGCGCGGUCUGUCAAGCCAAUGAAUGGCGUCGAAGUUAACCGCUGAAUGCGAGGUGCCUUGCGUGAGCCAACCUAAAUCCUUUUGACAACACUUCCGAAAAACCCUGAAGAAAAGAAAUAAAUACUAUUCUCACUGCAUAACUGACUAGCUCAUAGCAGCAAUUUUGUUUAAUCUGUGUGCACUCCCUCGAAAUCACGCAUGCUUGUAGCGCUUGUAAUGCUUUGCGCCCCUCGGCUAAGAAUUUGGCCGUGCUGCCUAAAACGUGGUCAUUUUUAAUGAUCGGUACUCCGGGACCAUGGUCAGUUUUUGCGACCCGCACACCUCCCCUGGUGGCGGUUGACAACUUCAGUGUUUAUCCUCGUUGCAUGCCUAUUGCCUUAGCAGUCGCGGACUUUUCCUGUAACUUAAUAUUGCGCAGUGAGGUAAUGAGUAUGCAGUGAGGAUAUGCCUCUAGAGAAAAAACUGCCGGUAGAAAGUUAAAAGGAACCAGACGUAAGCUCUGGACUGAAAUAUUACUUUAGUAAAAGGCGGACGUACCUUUAAUUAAUCUAUCUACAGAUCAGUGUUUUUACUUUCAGAUUUUCUUUCGUUCUCUCUUCAUCUGGUUCUCUUGUUUAUAAAUUUAAUUUGCCAAAAAAAUGCCCUUUCUUCCCAACAGACUGCCUUUCUUCAAGCCUUCUUAGGACGAACUCUGGAGGUAAGUAGAAUAUAAUGGUGAUAGGCUUUUGUACAUUAUGCGUUUGUUCCCCCCACUAAACUGCCUAACCGUAAUAGUUCAUUUUUCUCACUAAAAUGCUCGGUCACCCCCAAAAUGUCAUUAAAAUGCUUGAAUGAUGCUCAUCAAUGAGAGGCCAUUUUGUUAAUUCUAAACAUUUUAAGAGAGGUAAAAUUGAUUUCUUUUUCUGAAUUUCAAGGUUAAGUCUCUAUUUUCUCGUAAAAAAUUUUUUAAUUCUUAUUUUCUCCAAGAAAAAAAUAAUUUUCCGGGAAAAUGCCACUAAAAUGCUUGAAUAUCAAUGCUUAAUGCUUUAUGAGCUGUUUAAAUGGAGGGAGAAAAAUCCUAGAAGGCGAAUCAUCCUAAAGCCAUCUGUUUUCUGUGUUCAGUUUACAUGAAAAGGGUUGCACUUUUCCCUAGCGCUAGGAUCUUCCUAGUACUAGGAUCUCCCUAGCUGACAGGUGGGAAGAUCCUAGUACUAGGAUGAUCCUAACACCGCGUAAACGUCUUUCGCUAGGGAGAUCCUAGUUUUAGGGACAAGCCAGACAAGAUGGCGGCGGGUCGUUUAGUGGGUAAUCACGGUAAUAAAGGCCGACCAUUUCGUUUGGAUUUACCAUGAGAUAAAAAUUGUGAUAAUUCUGCUGAGAGGUAGUUAUUAACGCCAGUAAAGAGAGCAGAAGGGUCUAAAUUGCAUUUUGUUUGUGUCGCCCGCCAUCUUUGUUAACCACAUGGACCCAGCGAAAAGUUGCUCCGCCUUCUAGGAUUUUCUUGGUGCUCGGAUCUUCCUUCCUCCAUGUAAAAAGCCCCUCAAAUGUUCAAAAAAUGCUAGCAUAAUGCACAGAAGCUCAAAUAGAGAAAUAGCACGUGUGGCUGUGGAAGACAGUCACGUUUUCGCGUUCACUGUGUCUUACUUUUUGCUUUACUUUCGUGGUUCCUGUUUAUACAGCCUGGUGAAUCAGACAAGAAUUUGUCAAGUUAUGCCAUUAAUCUGUUGGAAGUAAACAGACAAGAAAAAUACUUAGUGGUAUGUACAAAAGAAGAAUAUCUGGCUUUUUCAAACAUGUUAAUUGUUAUAUUAGAAUUGAUAGCCACGUUUUGGCGUUUUUUUUUUUCACCAUACAUUUUAAAAUACUCUGGGCUGACACAAACGAAGUACGUUAGAUGAUCCUAUAGACGCCCACCAUCAAAUACACGUCUCUAUUGACGCCCCUCCUAUCUACGAUGUUAAGUUUGUAUUAAACGCCCUCUCUCAUAAAGGCUCCCUGUCUAAUGGACGCUCCAAAGUGCUAAGAAAUCAUUCAAGUUGUUCUUUCUCCUGCUUCAUUAACAUGGGUUUGUGCACUGAAUCUUGUUCAAUGUCAAAUUCAUAGUAAAGGUGGGCUAGCAAUGACAAUUUAAAAGGCAGCCGGAGCGUUCAUACUUGGUGUUCGCGCACGUCGCCCUAGUACGGUACUCGCUGGGCACUAAUGUGAACACACCCUUGUGUCAAGUACCCACGCUAGAAUUCGGCCACGGUACCGGUGCCCCAGUACAAGGUCUACAAGGUCUCGACCUUGUACUCGGGCACAUAACUGGGCACUGGGUCUCUGUGUGCACACAAUUUUUGUUAGUGCCGGGCAGUCUACUGCUUUGUUCUCGCUGCUAUAAAGCUCAUGUUUCAAAAUGGCGUCUGACAGGGCGAAAUGGAGUAACUAUGCUCACAGUCAUAUAUCGGGCACUCAAAGUGUGAACACAACACCAUUUUGUGCCAGCACCCAGACACUGGUACCCAAUCACCAAGUGUGGAUAGCCCCUUAGUGAUCUUGACCGAGGAUACUCUUCUCUAAGAUUUGAAAGAGCGAUAUGGAUCCUUAGACGGCUACGACGUAUCAGUGGAUGGACUGGAUAUUCUGGUUUUAAUUAACUCUUUUAAUUAACUCUCUGUCACAGUCAGUGGUGCUGGAGUUUGUGCAUGUGUUUGUUUUGUUUUGCUUUUUUUAUAGCUAGAUCGCAAGCCUUGUCAGAGCCAAAGCGAUUAUAAGUUUACUGUCGUAUAGAGAUGUUUUCUUUUUUAUUAAUAGGGAGCUUUGGCAACGACGACGGCGACGGCACCGAGGACGUCAAAUAAGCAAUAGGUUUAGAUGGGCAAACAACUUUGCACGUACAUUACGCUUUUUUGUACAUUUCUUUGUCGUCCUUGAACGGCUACGACGGCGUGAAAAUGCCUAAUCUCAGAUUUCAUGGAGGACGUAAACAAGCGACGGCGAAUUUUUCUUUCUCUUUCUAAACUUAAGUGUGGCCCACAAGAAAUCAGCUCUAGGGAACUUUGGCUACAUUUGACAUUUUCAGGGAAUUGGAGUAAACGCGACAAAGUUUGAAAAAACACGGAAUCAUUUUAAAAGUGAUGUUUUCUCUGCCGUUGCCGCCGUCCAUGAUUAAGCUCCUAGCAACUUAUUUAUUCUUUACACCUUUUACUUGCUUCAAGUCUCUAAGGAACACGCGCAAACAUGAUUUUGCUCAUUUAUGUUGGUUUGUUUUAGCUACGUGAAAUCGAAUGGGAAAAAUCCGGCCUCCUGUUGCAUGACCGACGUUGUGAUGUGGCGUGUUUUAUGUAUGACUCUACGGAUGCUGCUUCAUUUAACCAAGUUGUACAACUUAGAGAGGUUUGUAUCACUAUCCAGACUGUGAUCCAGCCAUCCCGAUCUCGUCGGGACUCUACCGAUGUUGCUUGAAAAUCCCGAGUCCCGACCAAUACGCGAUCGGGAUAGGAAAAAGUCCGAUUUUGACAUAUGUUACGAUAUUUUCAAAGAGUCAUUAAGACAGAAGUACAGCCCAGUUUACAUCAUUCUGGGGAAAAUGUUUUAAGAGGUAUUUAAAAGCGACAACUUACUCUCAUAGCAUAGUCUCCGCUUGGCGAAAGGCGAGCUGUUAUUUCUGCGUUAUGUUUUUGUUCCUAGAAACUACCCAAGACUGUUCCUUGCCUUUUAAUAGCAGGAAAGAGCGAAGGAAUAAGAGCUCAACAGGUAGGGUAUCUUCCAAUACAUAUACACAGCAAUCCUGCCCCGUUUACUAGAAAAAGUUAAGAAUUGCUUUUGAUUGUUGAAUGUUUGUGUUUUUAGGAUUUUGAAAUGCAGCCAGACUUGUACUGUACGUUAAACAAGCUUCCACCACCUCAGGUAUGUGAGCGGGGUGUUUGAAUAAGGUCAUGUUCACACCGGCACGAAAUGCUAUCCAGUACGGUAUGAACACCUAUCCGAUAUGUUACACACCAUUUUAGAGAUCAGCGCGGCGCAGCUUCGCCCUGUCACAGAAAUUGCGCCGAAAUCACCGUUCUUAUGUGUGAAUAGAAGCCCUAACCAGUAUGGUUUUCCUGCCGGCGCAAAAGCUAUUCAGUGUUCCAACGAGUUUUACAUUGUUUUUUUUACCGGUUAUGCGUAAUUAACUGAACACUUUGUAAAUGAUUUAAGUUGUGAAAACAUUCUGUUGAAUUAUUCUUUUUAACCGUGGAGAAAAUAUGCCUGGUUACCGGGCUUGGUUCUUACCCAAAACGUUGGCGGGCAUUUUAAUUUACAACUAAAGCCAUUGGAGUAGAACUUUUUGGAUUGAGGAUCUAUGGAGAGACUUGUUCAUUACCUUGCGUGCCCUGUUACUCAUUAUGACUUAGACUAGAUGCCAUUCCUCACGGCUUUCCAUCUAAUACAUACAAACUGAUAUAAUCGUCGACAAGUAUUACAAGAACAAAACACAUCUGAUGUUAUUAUGUUUCAGCCAUUCUCGUCGCUUGGUAGACCUGUCGUUUACAAACCUAUCUACAGCAACCUGGCACAAAUGGCUGUCUAUCCGUAAGUACACAAAUCGUCUCUCUGAUCUAAAAUAAAUUCAUUACAACUUGAGUAUCUGUUUCGAGGUUUUUAAGAUAGUAGUGCUCGGAGGUGUGAAAGCUUUGUUGUUGCCUUCAUUACGAAAAGUGAUCAAACAAAGUUCCUACUUUCCUCUUGUAAAAGAAUAAAACUGCUUGCAAAGAGGUUUCGCUGAAUUGCCUCGCUGUAAUGUUUUGUCCAGCUUAUGUGGCGGAAAAUGACUACAAUGAGAGUAAACUUUUAGCGUGGCCGCAGUUCACAGUUAUAUUAUUUUCUUCCCUUGUAGACACCUUUGUGGUCCCGAUGCAGAUACUGCGACUUCAUAUUGGGUUAUUGCCGGAUUAGCGGCUGCACUUGUAGCAACGGCUGGUAUUGUGGUGUUUAGAUACUUACGAAAGGGGGGAUCGACCACGUGACACACCCGAUUCCUAUCUUAUAGCGAGUGAGAAGAGAAUGACUCUUGAUAACAAGAACUGAAACGGGUUACAUUUCCCGGACGCAAAAUGGGUGUAGUCUGGCAGAAAUGAGAGAAUUAAUACCAUAUAUUAGCCGUUUGAGUUCUUUUAAUUGGAGUACAUGUAGUACAGGGAGUUAUUACCGGUGAACAAUGUCUCAAUUACCAUAUCGUUCCAACGUCAAUUUAUUUUUUCCCCAGAAUUGUACAGUUAUUGCUUUUAAUUUAAACGUAAAGUUCAAGAUAAAGUAUCAUCAUUGUAUUAAAACUAUGCAUUAGCAUUGUUUUCAAUUUCUCUUGGGGCGAUUGUAAUCCUAAAAGAAAUUGAAAGCAAUGCUUAUGCAAAAUUUUGGAGGGACAACAAAGAGUAUUAUGGUAUUUUUGAAAAAGGCGUAGAACACUGCUACUAAGCGGACACAAUUUAAUUACUUUUUAAACCAAUCUAAUCGCACUGUAUCAAUCUCGCUGUCUUUCUAUACCAAUCAGAAGCAACCUUGCCGUUUUCUUUAGGCAAUCGUAAGCCUAUCUUAUGACUGUUGAACCUUUAAAUUUUCCCCUCCUCGUAUAUAAUUCUAUAACCUGUUCGCAGACCCUCCAUUUCCUCUUUAGAGAUCGUCGUUGCGCGUUUGAGAAGAAAAACUGCGGGGGCUUAUUGACCACUAGCGCAAGGGAAUGUUUUGCCAUUGCUCCGCGCUCGCUCUCACGUACACGCUUCUCUUGCGCGCUCGCUAAAUUCAUCGAAAAAAAAUAUAAAAAAAUGUGGACAGGCUAUCAAUACUGCUAUCACAGAAGAACCUCUCCGUAGGAACAGUUCUCUGAAAUGUUCUUAAAGAUGCCAAACAUCACCCAAUUUCUAUCUGUUAAAGUUGGACAACUGGCUCUGUAGCUUUUCUGUCCAUGUUAAGGAAGUUUGACUCUCCCUAGUGUAAUAUUCAUCGUGUGAUAAUUAUUUUCUGCUGACGUUUUGAGCUUAUAGCCAUAGGUAGCUCUGUAAUAUUCCCAGUUGCAAUUAGUUAGGUAAUAUAGCAAAAAAGGGUCGCAGGUAUCUGUAUUUAUUUGACAGUGACAGCUUCCUUGCCCCUUCACAAUACAGUGAAACUAAAUAAAGUGUAUUAAGUGCCCUAGUGCAAUCAGUAAAAAC